AUGAAGAUGCCUUUAAAGAGGAUGCCCGAGUCUGAAGAACCGUCCAUGCUUCGCCUUCAGCCCCCGCAAAAAGUGGCAACCCGGAUUCCCGAGCAAGCCUACGUGACUCUGAUGGGCAAACAUUUGGCUUCGCUUUCGGAAGGCUGCGGCGGCGGCGAGGAGCCAGACUCACUGCCUGGAUGUGGGGAGGAGGAGAUAGGAACCGAAUUAGGCAUUAAAUCAGAAUCGGAAAACUGCAACGGAUUCGCAUCGUCGGACGAAGAGGAUGGGAACGUUUCUGAAGGGAAAACUUUCCUGAACGACAAGCAACAGAGUCCGAAAAAGACCAUCACCCAGAUUAUCAGGGACAAGAAGAAACAAACGCAGCUCACUUUGCAAUGGUUGGAAGAAAACUACAUCGUUUGCGAGGGGGUUUGCUUACCCAGAUGUAUCCUCUAUACCCACUAUCUGGACUUCUGCCGGAAAGAGAAAUUGGAACCUGCUUGCGCAGCUACGUUCGGAAAGACAAUACGACAAAAGUUUCCUCUCCUGACGACCAGAAGACUUGGAACGAGAGGUCACUCAAAGUAUCACUAUUAUGGUAUUGGCAUCAAAGAGAGCAGUGCGUAUUAUCAUUCGGUGUAUUCUGGUAAAGGCUUGACCAGAUUUUCAGGAAGCAAACUGAAAAAUGAGGGAGGUUUUACUCGGAAGUAUUCACUCAGUUCAAAAACUGGAACCUUGCUUCCCAAUUUUCCCAAUGCCCAGCAUCUUCUUCUCCAGGGGCCUAUUUCAAAGGAGAAGGUAGAUACAUUAAUUAUGAUGUACAAAACACAUUGCCAGUGUAUCCUGGAUAAUGCAAUCAAUGGGAACUUUGAAGAGAUUCAGAAUUUCCUAUUGCACUUUUGGCAAGGGAUGCCAGACCAUCUCCUUCCAUUGUUGGAAAAUCCUGUCAUCAUUGACAUAUUUUGUGUCUGUGACUCCAUACUUUAUAAGGUCCUGACAGAUGUACUUAUUCCUGCAACAAUGCAAGAAAUGCCAGAGAGUUUGCUGGCAGACAUCAGAAAUUUUGCCAAACACUGGGAGCACUGGAUAUCUUUAUCACUGGAAAACCUCCCAGACAACCUGGCUGAAAAGAAGUUGCCCAUUGCACAGAGAUUUGUGUCUUCUCUGAAGCGGCAAACAUCAUUUUUGCAUCUUGCACAGAUUGCCAGGCCGGCUUUAUUUGACCAGACAGUUGUGAACUCCAUGGUGGCGGACAUUGAAAAGGUGGACCUAAAUAGCAUUAGUUCACAAGCCCUCCUUGCCGUAUCAGGUGGAGCUGACCAGGAAUUUGAGCUGUAUUCUGAUUAUGACUCUAUUACAGUGUUUCAAGAGCUGAAAGAUCUGUUGAAGAAAAAUGCUACUGUUGAAUCAUUUAUUGAAUGGUUGGAUACAGUGGUAGAGCAAAGAGUCAUCAAGCCAAGCAAACAAAAUGGAAGGUCCCUUAAGAAGAGAGCCCAGGAUUUUCUUUUACGGUGGAGUUUUUUUGGAGCUCGGGUCAUGCAUAACCUCACUCUCAACAAUGCUUCAAGCUUUGCCUCCUUUCAUCUGAUUCGAAUGCUGCUGGAUGAAUACAUUCUAUUGGCCAUGGAGACUCAGUUUAACAAUGAUAAGGAGCAGGAGCUACAGAAUCUUCUCGAUAAAUACAUGAAAAAUGCAGAAUCCAGCAAAACAACCUUUACGGCACCUCCAAGCUCCUGCUUUCUUGCGAGCCGAAGUAAACAUGCACUGCUUUCUAACGAUGCCAUGGUCAAAAAUGAAUCCUUGGUCGAGCGGCCAUACGGAUCUCUCUCAGUAAGCCAGCAUAACUUGGCUACCAGUGGAGCUCCAUUCCCAAAUGCUGAAAACAGUGCUCUUCAAAUGGCAGAUCCUAUGGAACUCACUCAUAAUAAUGAUCAUAUCAUCACUCCACCACUGUCUCCUCCAUUGGGCAACAGAGGAAGUGUCAUCAAUCAAGGGCCAAUGGCUGUAAGGUCACAGAAUGGCAGCUCAGCGUUAUCUGUCCACAUGCAUUGCCACUCGUACCCUGACUCACUCUAUCAGACUUUGCCCCAGACCAGUCAGAACUUCUACAGCACGAACUCCAACUAUCAGAACAUGUUCAGGAACCAGACUCAUGCCACCGCCACAGUCUACCAGCACAGAGUAGAACCCAGCCGUUUCACGUCAUACAACGAACAACCUGUUUCAAGGGACUACUUCAGAAGUAGCUGUUCUGUGUCACCCUACAACUCCAGAUCUCCACCUAACUUUGGAUCAGCCUCGACUCCACAGGAAGCACACAAUUUGCAGUUGCUGAAUGCAGGCACCUUUAACUUCUUGGGGAAUUCAGUUGCUUGCCAAGGAGCACCAUUUUCUUCCACUGGCUCAAAUGGAUACUACAGCAACAAUAACUACACAGAAUCUCACAGACUGGGGUCCAUGAUUGACCAGCACGUCUCUGUAAUUAGCAGUGUUAGCAGCGUUCGCUCAGUCACCGGUUACAAUGACAUCCACGACCCACUCAACAUUCUGGAUGACUGUGGACGGAAGCACCCAGGGUCAUUCUAUACAGAUUCAUCACCUUUAGUCUGCCGGACUCCUGCAGUCAGUUCACAUAUGCAAAACGUGAUGUCCUCAUCUUCAUCCCAGUGCAUGUACAGCGACUCAGUGCAAUAUAAUUCUCAGGACACUAUGGAGGCACGCAGACAGUCUGGGGAAGUGACAAACAUGGUGUCAUCUCUGCCCCCUAUCAACACAGUGUUCAUGGGUGCCAUAGCUGGAGGAACAUAA